AUGCUUGUUAUGUCUCCUCGUUUAACAGCGGUGAAUUUCUAUCACAGAUUUUCUAUCACAGAUAAUCGUAACAUAUCUCCGACAACAUCCAACUUCCCACCAUCCACACCGCCGUCUCCUAGCCCAUCAUAA